AUGGCUAUUCUUUUUGUUCCCAUCAAGGUAUGGGCUCUUUAUCUACUGAAUACUUUGAGUGAUCGCUAUAGCAAGAAGCUGGUUCAGACAUACAGUGUCUUCCCCAACCAGAUGGAAACAAGCGAUGUAGUUGUCCAGCCCUACAACUCACUGCUGACACUGAAGCGACUUAUCUUAAAUGCUGACAAAAAUGUCAUGGUGUCGUCUUAUGCUAGAAACAAAGAAGCUAUUCAGGCAAAGUACAUAUCAAUAUUGAAUAUCAUUCAAGGAGAAGUAGAUCCCACUCAGGGGAUACGAGAAAGGAAGCUCGUUAACUUCAUUGAGUGGGGACUUGCAAGCAUACAGGUUGCACUUUCCAAGAAGUCUCCAUAUGUUCAAACUGCCCAUAGGGUCAGUGGUCUAAUGUUAGCAAGCCACACAAGUAUCAGGCACCUUUUCAGCAAAUGUUUGAGCCAAUAUGACAAAUUGAGGAAAAAGAAGCAAGCUUUUCUUGACAAUUACCGAAAUUUUCCCAUGUUUGCUGACAAUGAUCUCUCAGAGUUUGAUGAAGCAAGAGACAUCAUUGAGAGUUUGGAUCCUGAACAGCUUUUAACUGGUGAAGGGAAUGCUUCAGGAGUUGUGGAUCAUAAACUGGCGUUCUAA